UGCACCGUCUGGUGGUAAAUACAGUAAGGAAACUAAUAUAUGGAUACAAACAAAUCUGAGUACUAUUUUGCUUGCCUCUGUUCUUUAGGGCGCGAAUUGUUUCUAUUCACUAACACGGAGCACAAUAAAAUGCACUCCAGGUUUCCACGGCGACGAUAGACGCCUUCAACUCUGGAGGAGUGCAGUCACUGUUUGAUCUUGAACUAAAACAAUGGAGCCUGAAGAUACAAACCCAGUCUUAGCUUGUGCUCUAUCAGGAGACACUGAAGGUCUCCAAAAGUGGUUUGAGAAUCCAGAGGAUCCACACCACGAGCAAGUCAGCCAGAUGGUCCAAGAGACAGACGCCGUGGGCAGAAGAGUCCUGUUCACAGCCUGCAUGUUGGGCAGGAGUGAUGUUGUCAGAGAGUUGGUCAAAUAUGGGUCUGAUGUGAAUGAGACGACUCUGAGAGGGUACUCUCCACUGCACUGUGCUGCUAUCUGGGGUCAGUUAGAGUGCCUGAAAACAUUGGUUGAGCUGGGAUACAACAUCCAGGCCCUCAAUUUUCUUGGGGAGAGAGCCAGAGAAGUUGCCUGCCGCUACUCUAAGACAGACUGCGUGGAAUUCUUAGACUUGGCAGAAGCUAAGCAGUCCUUGCAGAUGUUAAUUUCUCACAUAAGAGACACCAUUGCUGACCCAGAAAAGGUUCAAGGGAAACUCAACAAAGAAGACAAGCAUACUUGCUUAAACACCUGCCUUAUGAAACUGGACUGGAUUCAAGAGGCCAAAGACCCAACGAUUGGGGAAUUUUUGGAACAGAAAAAACAGCUACAGGAUACAUUGAAUCCCAUUCUCUCUAAACUCACCGUCCCAGCUCCUGAACCACCAUUAAAAGGUACCAAAAGCUGAGGGACACAGAUACAAUGAAAAUAAAGAGUCAAUGCAUUCUUUUUUGCCUUACCC